AUGACAGUGAGAAUACCCAAGGCAACCAAGCUCACAAGAACCCAGAAUCAGCCGCGCGAGGUCAUUUCCUCUCUUUUCUCCUUCAACCCCACUCCUGUUUCUGCCGUCGAGCCACCGAAGCCAGAAGGAGCUGAGCCCGCCAAGCCCUCCAACGCACCCCUCAUCGACGGAAUUGAUACAUUCACCUCGUUGGGACUAUCCCAAACGCUCGCAGCGCAUCUAAUGACAAAACUUGAACUUAAAGCACCGACGGCUGUUCAGAAAAGAGCCAUAUCUCAAUUGCUGAAGGAAGAGUGCGAUGCGUUCAUACAAGCCCAAACCGGGUCGGGGAAAACCCUAGCAUAUCUACUUCCAUUGGUUCAGCGGCUGAUUAAUUUGUCAAGAACCAACGGGGAGGCUUUCGAGCGGGCGAACCAAGACUCAUCAGAUAACACUGCUGUGCACAGAGACUCGGGACUUUUUGCGAUCAUCCUUGCCCCUACGAGAGAAUUAUGCAAGCAAAUAUUCGUUGUGCUGGAGCAAUUGUUGCGGUGUGCGCAUUGGAUAGUUGCGGGUACGGUUAUUGGUGGAGAGAAGAAGAAGUCUGAAAAGGCAAGGUUGAGGAAGGGGUUGAAUAUUCUCGUUGCUACGCCUGGUCGGUUGGCUGACCAUUUGGAAAAUACAAAGGUGCUGGAUGUGAGUAAUGUUAGGUGGUUGGUCCUUGAUGAAGGAGAUAGGCUUAUGGAUUUGGGUUUUGAAGAGGAGAUUCAAAAGAUUGUGAGGAAGUUGGAUGAGAGGCAAAGAUCAAAGGGAAUCCCUGGUCUGCCAACCAAGAGAGUUACAAUAUUGUGCUCCGCAACUUUGAAAAUGAAUGUGCAGCGGUUGGGGGAUAUCAGUCUAAAAGACGCUGUGCAUAUCCAGGCUGACCCGGAUGACGAAGAUGGAGAAAUGAAAGUGAAAACUACUGGUAGUAACUCUGAGUUUUCGGUACCUGCACAACUUAAACAAUCCUACGCUGUGGUUGCUGCCAAGUUACGACUUGUUACUCUCACGGCGUUGAUGAAACGGACAUUUUCCAGGAAAGGUUCUGUUAUGAAAACAAUAAUUUUCGUUUCUUGUGCGGAUUCGGUGGAUUUCCAUUUCGAGGUUUUCUCCAGGCAAAAUUCUGACAACAAAAGUGGAGAGAAAGAGGCCAAAACUACUGAAGCUUCACCACCCAACACCAAACCAGCAUCUAUCCAUGGCACAAUUGCGAAAUCAACAGCUUUUUCGAACCCUACCAAUCCAGUUACAAUAUAUAAACUUCAUGGUUCACUUCCUCAACAUAUCAGAACUUCAACUCUCUCUGCUUUCUCCCGACAAAGUGAAGCAGCUGUUCUCAUCUGCACUGAUGUUGCGGCUCGCGGCCUUGACCUGCCAAACGUCGAUUUCGUAGUCGAGUACGACCCCGCCUUCAGUUCAGAUGAUCAUCUCCACCGAAUAGGCCGAACCGCAAGAUUGGGACGCGACGGCAGAACCCACAUAUUCCUCCUUCCCGGCAACGAAGAGAAAUACGUCGAAAUUCUAAAACAGGGUUAUCGAGACAGCGGCGCUAAGAUUUCCCACACGGAUGUGAACGAGACGUUGAAACGUGGCUUUGGUGGAAACACUGAAACGACGAGUAAGGGCUGGGAAGACAAAGCAACAGAAUGGCAGCUUGACGUCGAGCGCUGGGCGCUUGAGAACCCGACCGUCCUCGAGAUGGCCAGACGAGCGUACCAGUCUCAUAUCCGUGCUUAUGCGACACAUAUUGCCAGUGAACGGGACAUGUUUAACAUCAAGGAUCUCCAUUUAGGCCACUUGGCGAAGAGCUUUGCGCUGCGCGAUAGACCCGCUAAGAUCAAUGUGCCUGGUCUUCGACCUGGUAAAGAAGAUACAAAGAGGGAAUUCAAGGCUGACAGGAAGGGCGCUAGGGAUGGCGUGCAAGUCAACAACGCCACAAGCGCCUCUGAUGCGGUACGCAAAAUGCGGGAGAAAGUGAAGGAACAUAUGGCAGGCGCGAAUGAAUUUAAUAUCGCGUAG